GGCUUCACCAGCAAAUCUCCGAAAAAUGGAGAUUGUGCUGGGCCCCCCACAACCAGUGAGGACGGGCCAUUCAGAAAAACCAGUAUUAUUUUAUUUUACAUUUUUUUUCUCAAGUUGAUAAGAAUAAUUUUCCUUGGAAUUUCAGUUUCAAAUUUCUCAGUCAUCUUACGCCUCUCUCACAAAUACCAAGUUCUACCGGUAAUCGACGCUUGCCACAAUUUCAUCAAGGAAAUUGAUCUUCACACACUGAAUCCGGAUGAUGUAUUAACGUUGCUGAUAGCUGCUUGUGAAUUCCACUGUGAUCGAGACGUUCUAGUGGCAUUGAUAGGUCGACUGGCAAUCGAAGGAAACGCUGUUUUCACUCGAAUGAAAAUCAGUCGUUUUCUACCGACACAGAUUUACGCAGCUGUGAUUUCUGCAUCUAUCAAUCUAACACAACUGCAUGAAUAUGAAACUAUGAACGGACACUGUUUGAAAAUGGAGAGAAUGAAAAUACGAUGGCGUAAUUCGGUGUGCGAACAAUGCAAAUCGAUAUGUGACCAGUGUGCAGUGUGCGAGGAGUGCAAGAAGAGCCUCUGCAAGCGACAUGUGCAAGAAUUACAAUGUGCAACCGGCUAUGGGAAAAAGCUUCUUGAUGAACUCAGAGGGAACCUUAUCGAAUUCGAAUGGAACGACUAA